UACAUCAUGACUUGUGAGUUCAAGCCGUUGUCUUGGUUGAUCUUCAUAGCUUUCUUAGCUACAACACUCAGCCAGACACUUAUAGAACAAAAAAGUAUUGAAAAUGAUCUCUCAAAUGACUUACAAAUACAAGCAAUGAUGCGUCAACUGAGACGCUUCAAACGAGCACCACGAAAAGGUUUCGGAAAGGUCGAAAGAUUACCGACAGUCCUUUUUUUGCGACAAGAGGAUUUUGAUAGCGCUAUAUCAUUAUCAGGAAAGCACGAAAAUAUUCCUUAUCGUUCAAAUAGAAGAAAACGAACCUUCUGUCCUAUUUUAGAUUAUUCGAUAGUACCGGUUGUUGUAUUGCCAAUCAAUGGUACUGGUAAAUGUGUGUUAAGUGCCGAUCAAGCUAGCCAUUAUUGCGGGGAUACACAAGGUUUAGUGAACGCACCGCCGUUUCCGCCACUGGAGGCUGGAAAAUGUCAUAUUUCGGAGAAGAGCGGACGAGAAAUAUGUUGGCCUAGAUACGAGAACCUUGAUACUAGUUGUACGGAUGUAGGAAGUGGAAUGGUGUCAGCUCCAGCUGUUAAACAUGCUUCAGUUCGAGCGAUGGCAUUCGUUCCGCCAGAUAAUUUGAGGCGAUUAAUUCGGCAGUAUUUCCGGCAACAAGGAAUACCGAUUCCAAAAAAUAUAACAUUCAGCCCGAAUUCAUUUUUGUUUGUGCGUUAUGAAUGCGAAUAUGGCUAUGAAUUCGUCGAUGAAGUGAACUCAAUGUUUUGCAUAAAUCGGCAGUGGGUAAUGACUCCACCAAAAUGUCGUGGCAAAGGAUUAUGCGAAAUUGAUAAUGGAGGCUGCAGUCACUCUUGUUUAUCCAUUGAAGAUAAGGAUGUCGAAUGUCAUUGCCCUAAAGGCAUGAUACUCGAUGCUGACCAAAAGACUUGCAUAAAAUCGAUUAUUAUAGAGCCGAUUCCCAAAAAACUAUGCCGUAUUCUAAGUAGUUGUUCAUGCUUGGCAAUCGAUGAAAAUCAGUUUUCUUGUACAUGUCCUAGAGGAGAAAAAUGCUUAUUGCUGCGAGGUCGACCAAAGAUCUACAUCGAUCCAGCUGCACCUUAUGAAGUAAUACCUGGUGGUAAUUUGAAUAUUACUUGUUCAGCUGUAUCCUAUCCAUUUCCGCAGAUAUUUUGGCAAAGAGGUGAUGAAACAGUAGAUGUCGCUCCAGCAAAACCAGGUACAGUACGCAGUGAGCAAAUCCUCAUAAUUAAAGAAUUGUAUAAAAAUACUCAAUUUACAUGCCAUGCGAGUAAUCCAAUCGGUAAAGCAGAACGAACUAUUGAAGUUAUUGUUACAGGCCCUGGUUCUGCACCAGUAAUAAGAGGUGUUGAUGCUGGUCGGACAUCUGUCUACGUAAAAUGGGAUCCACCGCUUAUCGUAAAUCGCCCAGUAGUUUCAUAUACUGUCUAUUAUACUAAUAAUGGUCAACAACCAAUCAAAAACUGGAAAAAAAUCAUUGUCGAAGAGCCAACCAGAGAUGUGACCAUUCAUGAAUUGCGACCAAAUACUCAGUACUUCAUUCGUUUGCGAGCUAAUGACAACUUAGGCCCUGGACGAAUCGCAAAUCCUAUUUCGUUACACACAAGACGACCAGGUGCUGCUCGACCUCAGUUAUAUAUACCAGAAGGAGAGAGAAUGCAAAUCGCACCACUGACUGCAUUUAAAAUCGGAUGUAAUGUAACAAGGGGCGACCCACUUCCAAGUGUUGCAUGGCACAGCAGAUCUCGUCCAAUUUACAAGCCGCAAAAGAAGAAAUUUAUCACUAUGCAACAUGGUGGUCUAUAUGAAAAUACUAAUUUCUCAUGCGUUGCUGAAAAUGAAGCUGGCCGAACGACUAAACGUGUCCAAGUCAUUGUUACAGGACCCACUGCUCCUGAGCGUAUACGUUAUCAAAUUGAUGGAAAUAAUGUUGAUCUACAAUGGGAGCCACCUCGUAUACUGAAUGCACCCAUGAAGGAUUAUGAAAUCAUUUACACGGAUGACCCUGAGCUACCAGAAGAACAAUGGAAUUCUAUUUUGGUCGGUGGUCCCAGUAAUCAGUCUUUCAGGAUUCCACACCUCAAAGAAAAAACUGAUUAUACAUUUAAAAUUCGAGGGAUCAACGAUCUUGGACCUGGCCUAUCGAGUUCAAAAUUCACAUUAACAACUUGGCUUGCAGCACGUCCACCAGUUGUUACUAUAAUGCCAAAUGAUAUAUUGACAGAGCAUCCUAGCAUUAAUGAGCUUGUUUUCGAGUGCAAUGCAGUUGGCGUUCCAAAACCAAAAAUUCUAUGGCAGUGGAAUGGCAAUCUUAUAGAAGAUGGAAAAGAUGAAUUCCGCAUUUAUGAUGUUACACCUCCUGAUGCACAAGACAGUUCAAGUAGUAAACUUAUUGCAGAGCAAACUAAUCGCGCUGGUGUCAUAAUUUGCAAUGCAAUUAAUGAACAUGGAACGGAUGAAAAAAGAACUGAAGUAAGAAUUCUCGGUCCUGGAAGUCCGCCGCAAGAUAUUCAGACAGCGUCAACACCCAAUGGCUUCAAGGUAUCAUGGAAGCCACCAAAGUAUCCAAACGGAAAGAUAACUAAUUAUAUUAUAUACUAUACAAAGAAUCCAGACGAUGAUCUUGGUGAAUGGGAGCGAAUAAGUGUUAACGGAGAUACUGAUGAAACAGCGAUCAAAGUCAACGAUGAAGAAACACCGUACAACAUUAGAAUUCAAGCUGCAACAAAAGAUGGAGUUGGCAUAAUAUCAGAGGCCUACGAUGUAACUACUGGCAAAAAACCCAUACCUCUUUUUGUAAAUCUGCUCAUCAUAAGCCCAAAGGUAGAUGAACGUGAUGAAGAAACAAUAGUUGAACCAUUACAACCUAUUCGAUUCAAAUGCCUAGCAGAAGGACGACCAUCACCGCAAAUUUUUUAUUCCUGGCUGCCAUUUAAUGAAAGUGGUUCUGGACAGGAACCAGUACACAUACCUGCUUAUUCUGACCAUGAAGUACCACAUCGCUACCAUUCUAUUGAAGUGGAUUCUAACACUGCUUCAAGGCGUGCACUGAUGUGCAAAGCACGGAAUAGCGAUGGCACGGCUGAAGACCGACAUGUUUUUAACGUGAUAAUGUCUAUCACCGUAUUUAUGAAUUUAGAACCAGGAAGCCCACCGGAAUCGGUCGCAGCUAUUAUAGAUCCUGAUAAUCGUGUGACAAUUUCGUGGGAACCUCCGAAAUAUCCAAAUGGUCUUAUAACAGGAUAUAAAGUGUUCUUGACGGAUGACCCUAAUCUACCAAUGGAUAAAUGGAAAACAUCCACAAUAAGCGGCGACGAUCCAAGAAUUAUAUUCAAUCGUGGUGAUCUUGAACCAGAAACACCUUAUUUCUUCAAAAUUGCAGCAUUAGGCCCACAUGGUCAGGUUGAUUCACCUCAAGAAGUUUUACCUGUAAUACAAUCUGAUAAUUCGAUUGAUGUAACGUGGACAGGUCCAAGUGUUCCAAAUGGACAAAUAAAAGCAAGUUUUCACUUUUUUUAUCCUAUCCCUAGUGAUCAAAUUGCUUAUAAUAUUUAUUUUACUCCAAUUGAUGAUGAUACAAGCGACGAUGCAUAUAAACAGUGGGAAAAAAAUAUUGUAUUGACUAACAAUAUUUCGGGGAACGCCCGUAUUGAUAAAGAAAUUUAUAAUAUAUUACCAAAUCGUGAUUACAAGAUCCGUAUUUCUGCCACAAAUGAUCAAUCGGAAGGACCUGCAAGUGAUCCGAUAACAUUUACGACAGGAAGUGGUGAGACUGCGCCAGUGAUCACCCUUGAGCCACCUGAUAAUCCAACCAAUGUGACGCCAAGAGGCUCAGUGUCUGUUCACUGCUCUGCAAGUGGCGAACCUAGACCCACACUUAUGUGGAUUAUUGGCACAGACCAGGACGUUAUGCGCAGCGCUGAUCUUCUUCUAACAGAUCUACGCAAAGAUGUUGUGGCUACCUGUAGAGCAGAAAAUAAAGCCGGAAGAGUUCAAGAAGUUCUUCAAAUAAUUGUAUCUGGUCCUGGAACACCACCGAAUGAAAUUGUUGCGCUACCUAUGGCAAAUCAACAAGUUAAUGUAGAAUGGACAACACCAGAUAAUCCGAAUGGUCGAAUUAUGGGAUAUAUUAUACAUUACGGCGAGGUACCAGAAGGAGAAAAUGAACCUGUAGAAUGGCGAAAAAUUGAUCUACCUGGAGAAGAUGUGCAACAACAUCGGAUUACCAACCUUAAACCGAAAUCCAUUUAUGCAUUUAAAGUUCAAGCAAUUAGUGAUCGAGGACCAGGUGUUGAAUCGGAUCCUAUCAAAAUUAAGACUCUGCCGCUAGCUCCAACUUCGGUGAAGCCACCCAAUAUCAAUGUUCAUGAUAACAAUACUGUUGCUGUGAAAUUUGAAGCGCCACAUGAUCCAGAAGAUCCAUCUAAACCUAUAAAAGAAUAUGUUAUUCACUAUACAGAAGAUGACCCAACAUCGGAUGAUGCCGUAUGGCGCGAACUGAUGUGGCUAGAGCCUGACGACGAUUUUGCUGUUAAUAUUCCAAUUGAUGGGGAAAAUUUCAAGCCAGACACAAAAUACGCUAUUAAGGUUGUUCCUCGUGGUGAAAUAGAUGGCCCUCCUUCGGAACCAAUCGUAUUUCAAACUGGAGACGGAGUAAUUCCACCUGAAAAGCCAGUUGUCAAUGUCGACGUGCCAGACAAUGUUAUUAGAGUACCUGCUGGAACUGAUUACACCGUCAGUUGUUCUUCAAAUGGUUUUCCGUCACCAAAUAUUUUUUGGAUUGAUCAUAAAGGGAAGAUCUUAAGUGACGGACCAAUGCUGAGACUUCAAGAUGUUAAAGAGACCGUCAAAGCAAAAUGCGUUGCGGAAAACCGUGGAGGAAGGCAGGAAACGGACUUUGAAGUCUUUGUUGCAGGGCCAGGAAAUGCUCCGGGGAAUAUCCGUCUAAGUACCGAGCGACCGCGAAUGAUAUUUGUGGAAUGGGAUCCACCGACAAUACCAAAUGGCAAUAUUGUUCGAUACAUUAUUUACUACACGCCGUUGGAUGAUCAGAAUAUUGUCUAUCAAAUAGGACAAGUUCCUAAAAAGCCUAUCGCUGAGUGGAUGACAUAUCAUAAAGACAAGGAGCCACUCACAUUUGCAAACCAAUCUGCUCAUCUUACAGACUUUGUGGAGCCUGAUACUGCAUAUGCAAUUGUGAUUCAAGCUGUUAAUUCUGAUGGUCCAGGACCUUAUUCUGAACAACAUACAAUCCGAACAAUGUCUAGAGCCCGAGAAGGACCUCCAGAAAACUUACGAGUUGAGCCAGAUGGGCCAGACUCGGCAAAUGUGGAAUGGAACCGACCCGCUAUUACUGACCAGCUACCGAUAGGCUAUGAACUUUAUUAUAUUAAAGCGGAUGCGAAAAUUUGGGAAGAUGAUCUUGCUAGUAUCGGCGAUUGGGAUAUGAUUCCAAUCACUGAAGUGGAUGGUGACGAUUUACAUUACAAAAUUGACGAUCUUUUGGAAGCGGAUACGGAAUAUGUUUUCAAGAUUCGAGCAGUAUUUCCAGAUGGACCUGGCGUAUUUUCUAUUGCUUGCAUUAUGAAGACUUUACCAGAAGGUAAUGCUCCAUAUAUAAUGACAUCAAGCGGAGAUCAUGGAGUGGAAGGCACCAGUAAUAUUAAGAUCCUGCCUGGAUCUUCAUUUGAAGUCUUUUGUAAUGCUACCGGAUCACCAAAGCCAACAGUAAAAUGGAUCCGUGCUGGUUCUGUGCCUAUUGAUCCUAGUUGGGUUGAAGCUGACGAAUCACAUACGAAAUGGACUCUAAAAGUUUCAAACAUCUCAGAGGAUACAUCGUUUAUCUGCUUAGCACAAAGUCCACUCGGUCAGGCUAAUUGGACAUUCAUCGUUCAUAUCGAUAAAAAUUUACCUCCAUCAUGGAAAGACGAUUUCGUGUUUGCAAGGAAUGAGAAUGGCGAAGUUGUACUGCAUUUUACAGAAAAUUUGCCUGAUUUUCUUAAAGAACCGAAUAACUGGAUUGUUUACUGGACGGAAAAUCCAAGUCAACCGCUGCAUGAAUGGAACAAAAUUCCAAGUGAUAAGCGGCCACUGGAUCGUAUUGUUGUAUCAGAAAUGGAACCUGGGACCAAAUAUUACCUGUUGGUUGAGCAACCCGAUGAAAAUAUUAAAACUGCAGUAUUUAGCACAAUGACACCAAAAGCUGCAAGUGAUAUACGUGUUGGAACUAAUCUCAAUGGUGAAACCGUUGUGGAUUUUAAACCGGCAGUUGCCGCUGAGCCAGUGAAAAAAUAUAUCAUAAAAUAUUGGCCUGAGGACGAUCCAACAGCUGUGAGGUACACAGAAACACCAAAGGAUAUUACUGACCAAAUUAUCGUUACUGGACUUCUACCUGACGUUGACUAUAAUUUUAUGGUAACAGCGAAAUUUGAAGAAGGCGAUAAUCUUCCAAGCGAACCUGUUAAAAUCAGAACACCUUCAGGAGAUAUAAAAUGCGACUGCGCGCAUGCAUGUAAAUUCGAGGAAGAUGAUGAUGGUGUAGUAACACCACCAGCUUUUACCACAGACACCAGAGAUCCAGAGCAAAUAUCCAGGCUCACGACAGAUAUUUCUAAAGAAGUGGCUCAAACCAUGAAAUAUAAACCAGGCACAACUGAUAUUGAAACUCUUCCAACAGACUAUUUAGGGAGGACGAUCAGUUUCGAUGGAAAGCCUUUAUCAACAGAUAUAAUGGGGCGAAUAGUAGGAGAACAUGCUUCGCCGCUGCCAACCAAUGCAAUGGGUCAAAUAAUUUAUGUACCAACCGAACCAGCAUCUGUUAUAUAUCCGACUGAUGAAAUGGGUCGAUAUGUAUUUCCCAUUGUUGGGCCUGAUGGUAAAGAAUUAUCAAAAAAUUCUGCUGGAGAAACAAUAGAUCAACUAGGAAGAAUAAUCGAAAAGAAUGAAGAAGGAUUUCCUCUUGGACCUGACGGCAUUAUAUUAAAAAAAAACACUAAAGGUGAAUGGGUUUAUCCUAUACUUGGAAAAGAUGGUGAACCAUUACCGACGGAUUUAAAUUUACGACCUAUAUAUCCAAUCGUAGGACAAGAUCAGAUUCUUUUCAGUCGCAAUGAACAAGGUCUAAACGUUGAUAAUGAAGGAAAUAUUAUACCUACUGAUAUAGCUGGUAGACCAGUCAGUAUCGACGGUUCUCCAUACCCGACGGAUAAGGAACAUAGAUUCAUAAUCGCGCAAGAUGAAGAAGCAAUAUUAAUAAUACCAACUGAUGAUCUGGGACGUAAAAUUUACCCAGUUGCUUUUCCUAAUGGUGAAAUCCUACCAACAGAUGAAAGUGGCCGUCAUAUUGAUGAAAAUGGGGACCCAAUACCAACAGAUGAUUUUGGAUUACCUAUAUCGGAAGAUGGGAAAAUAUUAAACACGGACUCUCAAGGAAGAUUUGUAUAUAAAAGUUUGAAAAAGCCAGUACAUCCAAUUUUUGCUCCUGGCGGCAAACUUCUGCCAACUACUAAAGGAAUGAUGCUUGGUCCUGAUGGUGAGCCAAUACCAACAAAUGUUGCUGGAUUCCCCGUUGAUAACAAAGGUAGACCUUUUCCAAGUGAUGCUAGUGGAAAUAUUAUUUAUCCUGCAAAAGGACUCGACGCUGAACCGCUUCCUACUGACAAAAGUGGAAAACCAGUGCAUCCAAUUCUUGGACCUAAUGGGCAAGAACUACCUACAGGGAAAGAAGGACUCGUGCUUGGGCCAGAUGGUGAGCCAAUACCAACAAAUAUUGCUGGAUUCCCUGUGGAUAACAAAGGUAGACCUUUUCCAAGUGAUGCUAGUGGAAAUAUUAUUUAUCCUGCAAAAGGACUCGACGCUGAACCGCUUCCUACUGACAAAAGUGGAAAACCAGUGCAUCCAAUUCUUGGACCUAAUGGGCAAGAACUACCUACAGGGAAAGAAGGACUCGUGCUUGGGCCAGAUGGUGAGCCAAUACCAACAAAUAUUGCUGGAUUCCCUGUGGAUAACAAAGGUAGACCUUUUCCAAGUGAUGCUAGUGGAAAUAUUAUUUAUCCUGCAAAAGGACUCGACGCUGAACCGCUUCCUACUGACAAAAAUGGUGAGCCAAUACCAACAAAUAUUGCUGGAUUCCCUGUGGAUAACAAAGGUAGACCUUUUCCAAGUGAUGCUAGUGGAAAUAUUAUUUAUCCUGCAAAAGGACUCGACGCUGAACCGCUUCCUACUGACAAAAGUGGAAAACCAGUGCAUCCAAUUCUUGGACCUGAUGGGCAAGAACUACCUACAGGGAAAGAAGGACUCGUGCUUGGGCCAGAUGGUGAGCCAAUACCAACAAAUAUUGCUGGAUUCCCUGUGGAUAACAAAGGUAGACCUUUUCCAAGUGAUGCUAGUGGAAAUAUUAUUUAUCCUGCAAAAGGACUCGACGCUGAACCGCUUCCUACUGACAAAAGUGGAAAACCAGUGCAUCCAAUUCUUGGACCUGAUGGGCAAGAACUACCUACAGGGAAAGAAGGACUCGUGCUUGGGCCAGAUGGUGAGCCAAUACCAACAAAUAUUGCUGGAUUCCCUGUGGAUAACAAAGGUAGACCUUUUCCAAGUGAUACUAGUGGAAAUAUUAUUUAUCCUGCAAAAGGACUCGAUGCUGAACCGCUUCCUACUGACAAAAGUGGAAAACCAGUUCAUCCAAUUCUUGGACCUGAUGGGCAAGAACUACCCACAGGGCGAGAAGGACUCGUGCUUGGGCCAGAUGGUGAGCCAAUACCAACAAAUAUUGCUGGAUUCCCUGUGGAUAACAAAGGUAGACCUUUUCCAAGUGAUGCUAGAGGAAAUAUUAUUUAUCCUGCAAAAGGACUCGACGCUGAACCGCUUCCUACUGACAAAAAUGGAAAACCAGUGCAUCCAAUUCUUGGACCUGAUGGGCAAGAACUACCCACAGGGCAAGAAGGACUUGUACUUGGGCCAGAUGGUGAGCCAAUACCAACAAAUAUUGCUGGAUUCCCUGUGGAUAACAAAGGUAGACCUUUUCCAAGUGAUGCUAGUGGAAAUAUUAUUUAUCCUGCAAAAGGACUCGAUGCUGAACCGCUUCCUACUGACAAAAGUGGAAAACCAGUUUAUCCGGUUGUUGGAUCUAAUGGUAAACGAUUGCCAACAAAUUCUUACGGAUAUGUGGUUGGCCCUGACGGUAGACCGAUACCAACAAAUAUUGCUGGCAUUCCUGUUGAUGAAAAAGGCAUAUUUUUUUCCACCGACAAGUCAAGGAAUUUUAUUCGCCAUGGUGGUGGCUCGUAUGGUGAAAAUUUUCCCACUGAUGCGUACGGCCGAGCUAUACGACCCAUUAUUGGGCCAGAUGGCUUUAUCUUGCCAACAUCUUCCGAUGGUUUAUCUUUUGGUCCUGAUGGCAAUCUUAUCCCAACAGAUACUAGCGGUUGGCCAUUAGAUGAAAAUGGUGUAGCAAUGCCUACAGAUGUUUUUGGCAAUAUUAUUUACCCAUUUCGUGGACCGGAUGGACUGCUCCUCCCUACUGAUGGAAAUGGUAAACCAAUCUAUCCUGUCUUUGAUGCUCACGGUAAAAUUCUUCCCACUGAUGAACAGGGUAAUAGAAUUGGUAUUGACGGAAAACCAAUUCCUACUAAUAUAGCUGGAAAACCUAUUGGUCCAGAUUCUUCACCUUUGCCUAUUGAUGAAGCUGGUCAUAUAGUGAUGCUUGAAACGGAAAAAACCACAUUUGCACCUCCUACAGAUCAAUAUGGUCACAUCAUUAUUCCAAUCGUCGAUAGUGACGGCAUACCAUUAAUUAAAAAUGAUGAAGGGCAAUUUCUCUCUAAAGAUGGCAUUAUUAUCGAAUACGAUGAUAAUAAUCACCCUGUUGGUCCAGGCAAACAACCACUCAAGAAAGAUUUCCAUGGUAAUUAUAUUUAUCCUGAUGUCGAUAAAGAUGGUAAGCUAUAUCCAACAAAUUUAUAUAGUAUGCCGAUAUAUCCUGUUGUCGAUCUAUAUGGAAAUGCUUUUCCUACAAACAAAGAUGGAUUAGUACUUGAUUUCGAUGGCUAUGCUUUGCCCACAAAUAUGUAUGGUAAGCCUGUUGGUCCUGAUUCAUCGCCUUUACCAACUGAUAAGCUGGGUCGUAUAGUAUAUGAAAAAAGAAUGAAUUUGACAACUGCUUUACCAACAGAUUUAAAUGGUCAUAUCAUUUAUACGAUUAUAGACUCCUCCGGUCGCUUAUUACCAACGAGUGAAAGCGGGAAAAUUUUAGAUGAAGACGGGCGCCUACAUAAAGAUAAAUUCGGUCGUCCUUUAGGACCUGAUGGUCAUAUAUUACCAACAGACGACCAAGGAAGGUACAUUUUACCGUUUCUUAUUCCUUCUUCUACAACAGAAACAAUAUUCAAAACCACUUACGAUAAAUGGUAUCCCCUGUCAACUAAUUCAGAUGGGCUUUUCGUUGAUGCAAGUGGCAAAAUCAUGCCAACCGAUGCACAACGUCAACCUAUAGGACGGGAUGGAUCGCCUCUACCAGUUGACAGAUAUGGCAAUUUCAUUUAUCCUGCAGAUAUUCUUACUGAAAUAUCAAAACCACCAAUAGUCACUAGUCCAAGUGGUGAGAGAUUACCAACUAACAAUUUUGGUGAAGCAUUACAGCCUGAUGGUCAACCGUUUCAUACCGACGGUAGGGGUAUACCUUUGUCGCCAGCUGGAAAAUCUUUGCCAACAGAUGAAAAAGGCAAUUUUAUUUACAGAAUAAUGACAACUAUCGCAACAGUUUUGGGAAUAAUUGGUCCAGAUGGAAAUUUGUUGCCUGCAGAUGCUAAUGGAAAUAUAUAUUAUGGCGGGAAAAAAAUUGAAAUCAAUGAAAAUGGAGAACCACUUGGACCAGAUGGGAAUAUUCUGCCAACUGAUGAAUAUAACAAUUACAUUUAUCCAAUUGCCAGUCCUGAUAGCGAAAUUAGACCUAAAGAUAUCAAUCAGCGGCCUAUAUUUAAGGUGUUAGGCAUAGAUGGCGAGCUUCUGCCAACAAAUGAAUAUGGAAAUGCUCUCGUCGAAGGGAAAGUAAUCCCAACUGAUCGGGCAGGCCGACCUCUCGGUCCGGAUGGUCUAGCAUUACCCACUGAUUCACUUGGACGAGCGGUUCAUCCAUAUCUUAAAUCUAUUAAAUGCUCAACGAAAUUCGGAGUUAUGGAUAUUGCUAUUGUGGUAAAUGCCGCUUCCUUGGACGAAAAUGAUUUCAUGGUAGUAAAGCGAUUGGUGAGAAAGCUGAUUGAUGAAUAUUUUGAUCUAGCACCCGACAUGACUCGAAUGGCACUAAUAAAAUAUGGUGAAGCUGCUGAAGUACCAGUAACAUUAGGCGGUUAUCAGGACAAAAAUGAGCUAUUGAACGAAUUAAAUUUGAUGCAGAAAAACUAUACAAAAGAGCGAUCACGAAUCAGGGUAGGCUUUAAUGCAGCCCAACAACAAUUCAUUACAUUCGGGCGAUCAUCAGCGGGAAAACUUAUAAUAUUUAUUACCAACGGAGAUGACAUAUAUCCGGAAGAUAAAUUUGAUUCAGCUAUAAGCAAUCUCUUCCUACUACUUAUCGGUAAUAAAAAAUUUGAAGAAGAGAUUAAUGAAAAAAUUAAUGCUUAUUUGCUCGUUGAUAAAUGGCAAGAAUUAUUGGCUAAAGCAGUAGCUGAUAAAAUCGAACAAGAGUGCUGGGCUAACCGAUUCGUUAUGCCAGUAAUAAGAAUACCAAUAAAAAUAUUGCCUAAAACGGCCACUUUGGCGCAAUCAGUAUUUUUGACAGAUGCUUAUGGACAUAUCACAUAUCCUAUAAAGGAUACUGACGGCCAACUCCUACCAACUGAUACAAUGGGAUCACCACUGAAUCGAUUAGGUGAAAAAAUUGAAUAUGAUGAAGUGGGUAAUCCUCUCGGACCUGAUGGAAAAAUCUUGCAUAAAGAUGAACAAGGCAACUUUGUUUAUCCUGCGAUAGAUAAUUUCGGUAGACUUUUGCCAACUGAUGAGAAUGGAAGAGCUGUAUACCCUAUUGCGAAUAAAGACGGUCUACUUUUGCCAACAAAUGAAUUAGGAAUAGCUGUAGACGAUGCUGGUUAUCCAAUUCCAACGAAUGCAGCAGGGAGGCCAAUAAGUCCUGAUGGUUCUCUUCUACCAUUUGGUGAAGAUGGAAAUAUCAUAUUCGCAGAACAAGCAACAGAAAAGAUUGCGCCAACGGAUGUAACUGGUCGCAUAAUUUCUAUCGUUUGGCCAGAUAAGAAACUAUUGUCGACAGAUGCUAGCGGAUAUUAUGUCGAUAAUUUAGGCCGUCGUAUAAACAUGGAUGAGCAAGGAAGGCCAAUUGGUCCAAACGGAAUAGUUCUACCAACUCACGAUCAAAUGUUUGUGCACCCACAGUUGGACAAGUGGGGUAAACCAUUACCCACUGAUAUAAAUGGAAAACCUAUUUACAUGAUCAUUGAUGCAAAAGAUUUACCAUUAUCAAAUGUGAGCGAAGGCUUAACUGUUGAUCAGAUUGGAGCACCCAUAUCAACAGAUGAAGCUGGGAGACCUCUAGGACCGAGUGGUUCUGUUCUUCCAACGAAUGCAGAUGGCGAUUACAUAUUAACAAAGGCAGAAGAAACAAAAUGCGAUAAAAUCGACAGCAAAGCAAAUAUAGUAUUCCUUAUUGAAUCAACUGAUGCUAUGAUAUCAGAGAUCGAUCGCAUAAAAAUGUUUUUACAUGGAUUCAUCGCUGAGAAUCUCGAUUUGAAACGAGCCAAAAUCGGUAUUGUAACCUAUGGUGAAACAGUUGAAAUUAAUAUCGACAUAGGUAAUUACAAAAAUAUGGACGAAUUACUCGAAUCAUUAAAAAUGAUCCAACCAAUAGGUGGCACUUCAGAGGGAAAUGAACACGCAAUACGAACAGCACUGCAUUUAUUAUUGGAAAAGCACAGCGAUGAAACUGGAGAGCUAAUUAUUUACUUACACAAAACUCCGAUAAGCGAAGAAGCCAAACCAAUUAUUCAACAUCUUCAACAUACAAUGUUCAUUGACAUUGAUCAUACAGAAUUGCUAAAAAUAAAAUCAGAACGAUUAAAAUAUAAAGUUUGCCAUUCAUUAAAUAAAAAGAAAGAAGCACAAAAGUUGGAGCCACACGUUGGGCCUGAUGGCCAAAUUUAUACUCCAUCCACUCUCGUUGGGAUGGAUGGCUUGCCACUAUCCACAAAUGCCUAUGGCAAAAUAAUUGAUCCACGAGAAGAUAUAAUCGCUACAAAUUCAGCAAGUCAGCCAAUCGGACCUUAUGGCGAUGUUCUUCCCACCGAUGCAUCCGGCAACCUUAUUUAUUCAACUUUCAGCUCUUAUGAUUACCACGUGCCCACAGAUGAAUAUGGCAAACAAGUUUAUCCAGUUGAAGGUCCAUAUGGCCAACUGUUACACACUGAUUCAUCUGAAAUUCUGGGACUAAAUGGAUUGCCUUUAGCAACCGAUUCAUCCGGACGAUCAAUUGGCCAUGAUGGUUCUCCACUGCCAAUAGGUUCACAGGGACGCUUUGUUAUUUUGGAAAAAAAAGAACCAAAAAUUUCGCCAACAGAUAAAAACGGCCAUAUUAUUAUUCCACUCAUCGGUCCUGAUGAAGAGUUACUGCCAACAGAUACUCAAGGUCAUUUUCUGGAUCUAAAUCAUCGGCCUGUGCCUACUAAUGAAAUGGGAAUACCGAUUGGACCUGAUGGAAAUAUUCUUCCAACAGAUAAAAAUGGAAAUUAUAGAUACCCACAACUCGCAUCUGAUGGUCAACCGCUUCCAACAGAUAUUCAUGGCAAACCUGUUUACCCAGUGGUCGAUGCCGAUGGUGAACUGCUUCCAACUGAUGAAGCUGGUGCAGCAAUUGGAUUAGAUGGAAUGCCCAUUCCUACCGAUAAUUCCGGAAGACCUAUAGGAGAGGAUGGAUCUAUCUUACCUAUGGAUCCAUAUGGUCGCAUCUCUUUGCAAGUUAUAAGUACACCUAAGAUUUUACCAACCGAUGACAGAGGUCAUAUCGUCACUCCAGUAGCAGAUCUGCAUGGGCAUAUAUUUCCUACAGACUCUAAUGGUUUAUUUAUAGAUCCUCAAGGCAAAGUUGUGCCAACAAACCAAGAUGGCCAACCAACUGGACCUGACGGUCAGGUUCUUCCUACGAAUGAAUUAGGGUAUUUUGUCUAUCCAGCUCUCAUUAGUGAUGAUCAACUUCUGCCAACUAAUUUAUAUGGAAAACCAGUGUACUCAAUAAAGGAUUCAGAGGGAAAAUUUCUCCCAACUGAUUCAACUGGAGCAGUGAUUACACGUGACGGAAGGCCGAUACCAACAGAUAUUGCGGGUCAUCCAAUUAGUUCCAAUGGUUUUCCUUUUCCAAGUGAUUCUUCGGGUUAUUUUGUGAUAACUGAGGAAGAGCUGAAGAAGAUACCUAGUAUAGACAAGGAAAAAAUUCACACUACUUCAUUCACAAUUAUCGGACCUGAUGAUUCGCCGCUUCUCACAGAUGCUAACGGCCAAAUUAUUGAUCCACAAGGCAAACUUGUACCAACGAAUGCUGCAGGUCAACCAAUUGGAUCAGAGGGCAAGGUCCUUCCGACUGACGGAUCUGGUAACUAUAUUUACCAAAGUACUGCUGCGGGCCCAACUGACGUUUAUGGUAAACCUGUCGAUGGCGAUAUGAGAACAAGUGCAAAAUCUCUUUAUUGUACUGUUAAAUCCAAUGUUGAUUUGCUAAUAUUAUUCGACGCAUCAAAUAAUAUUCGAGUCGUCGAUUAUCGUAUCAUGAAAGAACUAAUUAGCACCGAUUUAAUGCAAAAAAUAAGGGAAACGAGACGAAUGAAAGGAAAGGCAUUUUUAGGAAAUGCUCUUCGAGAAGCUAUAGGAGAAUUCUUAAUCUCGGGAACUAAUAGAAUCCCUAAAGUCGUUCUAAUCUUUUCCAACGGAAAAUCAAGUGACGAGGCGGUAGCAAGAGCUCGGAUGCUUCGCGAUGAUAUUGGUGCAAUUAUUUAUGUGGUUAAUGUUGGUAAUCAACAAGAUACCAACGAGAAUCUCGCUAUAGUUGGAGAGAAUAACGCACAUCGUGUAAAACAAGUCGAGGAAUGGCGUGGCAUGGAUUUUGAAAUGCUUGGACCUAUAGCUGACGAAUUAUGCCAACUUCUACCACAGUUAAGUGAUGACGAUGAUCAGUUUACGUGGCCUGUAAGAAAAACGACAUUAGCUAGUGGCCGUACUACUCCAGCUCGAAUUUGUACAAAGAUUAAUUAUCAAAUUAUGAAAAUAUUUGCUUGCUCAAAAAGUGUGCUUUUAUUUCAGGCUGAUAUUAUGUUCGUCCUCGAUUCUUCUGAAAAUUUCUCUCCUGCUGAAUAUGCGCAAUUAAAGGAAGGCAUUAACACGUUAAUUGACGAAACAUUUGAUCUAGCACCUGACGUCGUUCGUGUUGGUUUCGUCGAAUAUAGCGACAGAGCUUCUGUACCAAUAGCGCUUGGUCAUUACGAAGAUAAAAUUCAGCUUUUGACUGAUAUUUCAAAAAGUGAAAAACUUGAUGGAAUCGCCAUUGUACUCAAAGGAGGCAAUGCAGCAAUUGCUGCGGAGGAUUUGAGGAAUAAGCAUGGAAUCGAGGUAUUUGCUUUAGCUGUAAAUGCUUCACGAGAAGCAGUGAAAAUGUUGCACCGCCUUGUCGGUGAAGAAUGGGCUCAUCAGCGGUUAAUCCAAAUUCCUAGCGUCAAUAGCAUUCAUGGAAAUGAUCUGGUUCGAAUCGGUCGUACAUUAUGUGGUUUUAUUGAACCCGCUGGUGCAACUAUUGUGCCAUUUGAUGCGGAAUCUCAUAAAACUACGAAGCGUCAGGUUGAUUAUAGGAGAGGUGAAACUGCUAAUAUUUCUCCAGAAAUACCUUUAAGUUCAGUCGUUUUGCAUCAAACACCUUUGUGUAAAGAUGGAUUUCUUCGUCCCUAUCAAGUUACGAUUAUUGUUGAUGCAACUUCGCGGUCACCAGAAAAUGAUUUUAAGAUGGUUCUUAAUCAUAUAUCUGCUUUCUUGCAAAGCAGAUUUUCCGUAGAAAGUGGUCGAAUGCAGUUGAAUUUGAUUGCAGUUGACAGCAAUGGCACAACCUUCAAAGAAGGUAAUUUCGGCGUUGAUACUAUCGACAAUAAAUUCAAAGCUCUUCAACAGACGAGUGAUGAAGUAAUGCCAUCCGUUGAAUUUGCUCGUUAUGAUUUUGGUCAUCGGAUUAUUGCGAUAUCGGUAAGAUUACCAGCAAGCGAAUUAUUGAAAAAUAUGGCUGAAGGAAGUGCAACACGAGUGAUUCAUUUUUCGGACUGGUCAGUUGGAAGUGAAUUAUUCAACAGUUGGUUGGCGCACGCUAUCUGUGGUUAUGUUACUAGUUCAACUGCAAAGAAAAUGAAAAUUACACCAUCGACCUUUUUUAAAAAAACUGCUGCGAAACCAAAAGAUGCGGAACCUACGAAUAUAGAAGUAACGCCGCUAAAUCCAACUUCUUUUUCAGUUUCUUGGACUUGCUGUACAAAUAAAAAAACUAAUUAUACAGUAUUGUACACACCUGAUCCAACACUGUCAAAGAGUAAAUGGCGAAAAAUUGGAGCAAGCUGUAGAGAUAGUUUUGGUAAAACAAUCGCAAACCUGCCGUCGGAUACAAGAUAUACAAUAUGCGUGCAAACUGCAACAACAGCUGCCAACGAUUCAAUUGAAAUAGAUCUUGGAAAAUGUGAUUUUGUUGAGUUAAACAAAGAUACUACGCCAGUACCAGAAUAUACGGCGGUAGAUCCUUCAGCAGAGCCCUGUCGAUGCCUGUGCGGCGACGAUGGUAAAGCUGUAAUACAGCCUACGUGCGCCGAUGUUAUCAAUCCAUUUCGACCAAUUUCAACAUUACCACCUGCAGAAGAAGGCGAAUGUCCUUGUAUGGUACCUCCACACAGCGGUCGUUGCUCAUUUGGAUACUUCUAUAAUGCUGGAUGGUGUUAUGAUAUUAACGAAUGCCAACAGCAAAAUGGUGGCUGUUCUCAUGGAUGUAUAAACACCCCUGGUGAUUUCUAUUGUGCUUGUCCACCUGGUAUGAUGCGUGACCCAGUGAAUCCUAAAGCUUGCAUUAAUAUCGCUGGUAGUUUUGAUCGUAUUGCAGAACUUCUAGGCCGAUAUCUUAAUGCAAAUCGCGAAGGUGCAAGUGGUAAGGCCAUUGAUGCCGAUAGCGGAAAAUAUAAAGCAAUAGUUAAAUCAUCCGAUGACAAGGCAAUUUCAUUUGAAUGGUCGGUUAUGCCGACAGUGGUACGACGUGCAUUAAAAUGGCUUUUCUAA